GAAAAAAUUCCAAAUUUCCAUUCCCUCGCAAGUCGCAACUUCCUCGUUCAAAAGUACUUUCCCAAACUCAACCGCGUCACCGACUCGUUUCCACUCAGCCACUCGCUCUCUCUUCUCUCCACCUAGUUUCCGAGUUCGGACUCAGCCCCAUAUUCGACACCAUGAACCUGAGCUACGAACAGAGGCUUCAGGCCGUCGCCAGAAUCGUUCUCGACGACGAAACCCGCACCAGCGACGCGCCUCCGUGCCAGGAAGAGCUUGGAAUCAGGGCAACCCUUAAGCCCCACCAGGUGGAAGGGGUUUCGUGGCUCAUACGGAGGUAUAAACUGGGCGUCAACGUCAUCCUCGGGGAUGAGGUAAUCUACUCUCUUUAAUUCUGUAUCAGAGCCUGUGUAAUCUGAAAGGUUUUCUCUUGAGGAAUUGGUAUUACAGUUGUACGAAGUUCACAUUUUAAAAUUGUUAUUAUUUGACAAAAAAAUUCUGAGUUAUUGCCAUUAUUAUGUAAAACCAACAUAUACCCAACAGAGAGGUACUUCCACGCUUCUUCAUUAUCAUAUGUUUCGAGAAAUUGCUACUUACUGUCAUAAAAGUUUCAAUAUCACACAUUUUAUGAGUUAAUUGAGGAUGAAUUCGGUUUUUUUUUUAUAAGAGAGGAUGAAUUCGGUGAAGACAUUUAAAAUCUUUUAUUAAUCUUUUGUUGCUUUUGAGGUACCUAGUCACUUUUUUUUGUUAUUUGUCUCAUUUGUUGAUAUACAAAGAACAGCAGCAGCAUUAUCUUAGAAUGGUUAACGGAUAUGCAGUGCACAUACUUUUAAAAAUUUCUUGAGUUUUGACCUUUUCUAUUUCAGCAGAUGCAGAGCUGAAAAUGAGGUUAACAGUGGAAUGCAAAAUAUGUUCCCAGAUUUGUUUACUUUAAUGUGUUUGUGUAUGCAAAUUGUCAGAUGGGACUUGGAAAGACUUUGCAAGCUAUCUCCUUUUUAAGCUAUUUAAAAGUGUACCAGUUGUCACUUGGGCCAUUUUUGGUUCUAUGUCCUUUAAGCGUGACAGAUGGUUGGGUGUCAGAGAUACUCAAAUUUGCGCCUAAACUGGAAGUCUUAAAAUAUGUUGGUGAUAAAGAACACAGGCGCAGUCUACGCAUGAAAAUACACCAACAUGUAACAAGGCAAUCAUCAAAACUUAACGUCAUGUUGCCUUUUGAUUUGCUGUUAACGACAUAUGACAUUGCCCUGAUGGAUAAGGAUUUUCUUGCGCAAAUACCAUGGCAGUAUGUAAUCAUUGAUGAAGCUCAACGACUUAAAAACCCAUCAAGUGUUUUAUUUAAUGUUCUCAAAGACCGCUAUAUCAUGCCAAGACGGUUGUUGAUGACUGGCACGCCUAUUCAGAACAACCUUUCUGAACUGUGGGCGUUGAUGUAUUUUUGCAUGCCAUCUGUCUUUGGUUCACUGGAUCAGUUCCUUUCUACAUUCAAGGACAUCAGUGAUCUUACCUCAGUUCAUGAUUCUCCAAAGGUAAAAGAUCGACUUCAAAUCCUGAGAAGUGUAUUGGGUGCCUUUAUGCUUCGACGUACUAAAUCAAAGCUUAUGGAAUGUGGAAAUUUAGUGUUGCCACCUCUCACUGAGACAACUGUGUUCGUACCCCUUGUCAGCCUACAGAAAAAGGUCUAUGUGUCAAUAUUGAGGAAGGAACUUCCUAAGCUACUUUCACUAUCUUCUGGAACAUCAAAUCAUCAAUCACUACAUAAUAUUGUGAUACAACUGAGAAAGGCAUGCAGCCAUCCAUAUCUCUUUCCAGGUAUUGAGCCUGAACCUUAUGAAGAAGGUGAACAUUUGGUUCAGGCCAGUGGUAAACUGCUGAUUCUGGACCAACUUCUUCAGAAGCUACAUUAUUCUGGACACCGCGUUCUUCUUUUUGCUCAGAUGACCCAUACACUUGACAUUUUGCAGGAUUUUUUGGAGUUACGGAAGUAUUCUUAUGAGCGUCUUGAUGGAUCAGUUAGGGCUGAGGAGCGGUUUGCUGCAAUAAGAAGUUUCAGCAGCUCAUCAGCUAAUGUGGGCUUGAAUCCUGGAAAUGACCAAAAUGGAGCUUUUGUCUUUAUGAUCUCAACAAGAGCUGGCGGAGUUGGCUUGAAUCUUGUGGCUGCUGAUACUGUUAUAUUUUACGAGCAAGAUUGGAACCCUCAGGUGGACAAGCAAGCUUUGCAGAGAGCACAUAGAAUUGGCCAGAUGAACCACGUUUUGUGUAUAAACCUUGUCACAGAACAUACAGUGGAGGAAGUAAUUAUGCGGAGGGCAGAAAGAAAAUUGGAGCUGAGCCUCAAUGUUACAGGUGAUAAUAUUCUGGAACAUGAAGAUAAAGAAACCUCUGCUGUUGGAACUAGUGAUUUGAAAUCCAUCAUAUUUGGGUUACAUAUGUUUGAUCCCACUGAGGUUAAUGAUGGAAAACAAAAGGACAUGGACUUACCAGAUACUAAUGCUAUAGCUGAUAGGGUGAUUGCUAUGCGUGAUGAACAAAUAUUUAACAAGGAUGACAAGAAAUUCGAGAUGAAUCCUAGAAACAUUUUAAAAGGUCGCGAUCUUAAGGAAGUAGGUUCUGCUUCUCUCUCUAUUGGUCUUGAUCUUGAUGAGGCUUCAUAUCUUUCUUGGGUUAAAAAAUUUGAGGAAGUGUCUAAAUCAACUUGCGACACAAUCACGGACGUGAGGAGCAGAAGGAACUUAGAUGAAGAGAAGAGUCUAAAAGUCGAGAUUGCAAAGAAAAUGGCAGAGGAAAAGAAGCUGUCUAAAUGGGAAGCUCUUGGAUAUCAUUCAUUGAAUGUUACAGACCCCAUCAGUCCACCUGAAGAAGAUAUUAUAUCAACUACUGGUUCUGUUCAUUUUGUAUAUGGAGAUUGUACAGCUCCAUCUAAAGUUUGUCCAUCUGAACCUGCUAUAAUAUUCAGCUGCGUUGACACCUCUGGACGCUGGGGCCGUGGUGGACUGUUCGAUGCGCUGGUCAAACUUUCAACAAGCAUCAGUGAUGCAUAUGAACAGGCUUCUGAACAUGGAGACCUGCAUCUUGGUGAUCUCCAUCUUAUAAGGCUUGAAGAUGGCUGUGAUGAAAACAAUAUGGAUGGUAAUGCUCCUCCCAAGAUGGUUGCUUUAGCUGUGGUUCAGUCUUAUAAUCCAAGGCGUAAAGUCCCUAGAGGUGAAAUCUCACUUCUCGACUUGGAAAGCUGCUUGAAAAAGGCAGCGUUCUCAGCUGCUCAAAAUUCCGCAUCGAUACACAUGCCACGAAUUGGUUAUCAAGAUGGAUCUGAUCGUUCCGAGUGGUACACCAUAGAGCGGCUUCUAAGAAAAUAUGCUUCCAUUUACGAUAUAAGCAUCUAUGUAUAUUAUUAUCGAAGAUCACAUCCAGGCUCCAGGUCUAGUUAACUCGCCAGACUCAAAGGAUAGUUCUGGCCAACAUAAUGUUGAAGAUAUCUUUGGAGUACGAGACUUGAUUGUUAGUUGGGUUAAUCUUAGGAAAAAAUCGGUCUUUAGAAUUUACAUCUAUGUCCACAAAAAAUUUGCUUCAUGGCAAUAACUUGCCACAACAUAAUACUCUUAACUCUCAUACACAUGAUAUUUACAUGGAGAGCUGAGGUGGUAUAUAGCACAACGGGAUGAGCCACGAAACACACACUUUCACUCAAUUAAACAAAAAAGUCAUGAAAAGAUAAAAAUAAAAUAUAUUUUCUAUUUUAUUAGCA